UCGUUGAUAUUUACACGUCGUAAAACAGUGUAUUAAAGCUCAUAUACCAGAAUCAAAUGUCGUUUGGAAUAAUUUAAAUCAAUUUUACAUAAGUAUAUGCAUAAUGUCGGAAAUAUUUUAUAUUUAACAUAUCAUUCCUGAAUUAAUAUGAAUUGUGGACCAGUAACGACUGGAUAAAACACAUUUUAAGAUUGAUUAAGAUCCAAAUGAUUCAGUACCGAGUGUGAACUUCUGCACGUGUUCAGAGAAGCACAUGGACUGAAUAGUUCUGCUUAAGUCAUGGCAGCAUCAGUGCACGAGACCGUCCUCAUCGGAGUAUGUGAUGGAGUUAUUGACAAGAAGAAAUACACAUCUUAUUGCACAAACAAAAUUGGAGAUAAACCGGACCUGCUUCCAGUAAUCACUCUGCAGCAUCCCACAUGCAGUCUGUGUCAGAGAGGCCUGUCCCACGUGGUGCAGGUCUACUGUCCUCUCGCUGCGUCUCCUUACCACAGAACCAUCAGUGUGUUUGCUUGCACCUAUCCACACUGCAGCGGCAAAUCAGAGAGUUGGAUAGUCCUGCGCUCUCAAUGCUUGGAGGAUGACAUCAAAGCAAGCCAAGACGACAAAACCACGCCAUGUACAGAAUCUGCAAUGUCCAGGACAGACUGGUGUGAUGAAGCUGAUGACUGGGGGAUGGACGAUGAAGAGCAAGUGGCUGAAAACGGCGUACAAAUAACAAAUGACUGUAUCGGUGAAGGAAAUGAUGUCAGCAGCAGGCUUCAGGACCUGUGCAUUGAUGGAGAUCAUCAUCAAAGUGCCCUCCCACCCAACGAUGUGCCUGUUUUCCAGCCGUUCUACAUAAGUGUAAUGGAAGAAACAGACUUGAAUGGAUUUCAUGACACGGAUCAUGAGAACGAACUGCUUAGAGCGUAUGAGGAGAGGGAGGGAGUGACAGUCGAGGAGAUUCAGAGUUGUGGAAGUGGGGGCGCCACUCAGGAGGAAUACGAGAAGGCCACGGCCAAGCAUGGAGAUGAAGUGUUCACCAGUUUCAUGAAGAAAAUCUCUCUUUGUCCUGAACAAGUGUUACGAUAUAGUUGGGCGGGAUCACCUCUGUUUAUAUCAGAGGCUGUCUCUGAUGUUAGUCAGACGGUGCCGGUCUGUGCUCACUGCGGCAGCCCGAGAGUUUUUGAAUUUCAGCUCAUGCCAGCAUUGGUCAGUUUGCUCAGGAGUGUAGACACAGAUUCAGACGUUUCGCUGGAGUUCGGAACAGUUCUUGUGUACACUUGUAGAAACAGCUGUUGGAAAUCUGGAUCAGCGGCUCCAGUGGAAGAAUUUGUUGUCGUUCAGCCAGACCCAGACCAAAAGCUCUUCAAAUGAUAUAAAUUAUCAUCAUUAAAGAUUUUUUUUCAGUACAA